CAUCCUUUGAUCAUAAUUCGCCCGCGCAAAAGAGAGAAGAACGCGGGCUUUUCUCCCUCCAAAGAACACAUUUCUAACAAUAAAACCGUAGGACCGGGACAUCUAGAAUUGUAUUCCGUAUCUUUUAUCGUAAUUUAGUUUUACCGACGUAUUUUUAAUAAUAAUUUUUGUAUAUAAAAUAAUCAACCAUGUUUGAGGCACGACUAGCUCAAAGCGCGAUUCUUAAGAAAGUUUUGGAAGCUGUGAAGGAUCUCCUCACCGAGGCGACCUUCGAGUGCUCGGAUUCUGGUAUCCAAGUGCAAGCAAUGGACAAUGCUCACGUUUCCCUUGUAUCACUAAAUCUAAGAAGCGACGGCUUCGAUAAGUAUAGAUGCGAUAGAAAUUUAUCUAUGGGAAUGAAUAUUGGAACAAUGACGAAGAUUUUGAGAUGUGCCAGCUCGGAAGAUACAGUAACUCUUAGAGCAUGGGAUAAUCCAGAUAAUAUUAUUUUUAUAUUUGAGUCACAAAAUAAAGAGAAAUUGUCAGAAUAUGAAAUGAAACUGAUUAAUAUGGACCAAGAACAUCUUGGGAUUCCAGAAACUGUAUAUUCGUGUGUUGUAAAAAUGCCCUCCCAAGAGUUUGCGAGAAUAUGUAAAGAUCUAAGUCAGUUUGGUGAAGCAAUUACAAUUGCAUGUUCUAAAGAAGGUAUUAAGUUCACCGCAGCUGGAGAUUAUGGAAAUGCUAAUAUUAAACUGGCACAAACUGCAGAAGCAGAUAAAGAAGAAGAAGCUGUUAUUAUAGACAUGCAAGAACCUGUUAAACUCACAUUUGCUUGUCGCUAUCUUAAUUCAUUUGUAAAAGCUACACCACUUUGUGCUCAAGUGAAACUGUCAAUGUCUGGAGAUGUACCUUUGGUAUGUGAAUAUCAAAUCGGAGAUAUUGGUCAUAUUCGAUAUUAUCUUGCACCUAAAAUUGAUGAUGAUGAAGAAAAUUAAGUAUAUUACCAUAUUAUAACUGUCCUAUCAAAAUCGACUGUAAUUUUGUACUGAUAAUUUAUUAUAGAAAAAGAAAAAAA